AGCCUUAAAGAGGGAUUACUGGGUUUAGUUCUCCGCGGAGAAAUUGAGGCUCGGAGCAAUGAGUCUGCAGCUGACUAACCUCCGGUCGCUGUAGGGUCGUGGACCUGCCUUUCUCCAGCUGGCUGUGGGGCGCGGGCAGGCCAGACUCCAGCCGCUGCAGAGAGAAGGGAGGGAGACCCUUUGGGGGCCCCGCGAGCCUUGUUUGUCCCGAAACGAGUGGUGAUCGGGUGAAAUCUCCCAUUUCCUCCCUCAGCCAAACAGCAAAGAUAGCAAGAUGACGCAGCAGCUUAGUCUUUGAAACAGAGAGUGGCAGAUGUCCAGAUGGGAGCCUUAUUUCUGUUCACUCCUUCGAAAGGGAAGAAGGGACUAGGAGAAUUGGAGAAGAGACCAUCAUGAUGUGCGAUGUGAAUAGAAGAUUCAAAUCUCAGGAUUCACAGACCAGUUAGGCGUUUGGAUAGACCAUGGCCCUGAGAGCAUGUGGCUUGAUCAUCUUCCGAAGACGCCUCAUCCCCAAGGUGGACAGCGCUGCAAUUGAGUUUCUACUGCUACAGGCAUCAGAUGGCAUUCAUCACUGGACUCCUCCCAAAGGCCAUGUGGAACCAGGAGAAAGUGACUUGGAAACAGCCCUUCGGGAGACCCAGGAGGAAGCAGGCAUAGAAGCAAGCCAGCUGACCAUCAUUGAGGGCUUCAGAAGGGAGCUCAAUUACGUGGCCAGGGAGAAGCCUAAAAUUGUCAUCUACUGGCUGGCAGAGGUAAAGGACUGCGAUGUGGAGGUCCGCCUCUCCCACGAGCACCAAGCCUACCGUUGGCUGGGGCUGGAGGAUGCCUGCCAGUUGGCUCAGUUUGAGGAGAUGAAGGCAGCACUCCAAGAAGGACACCAGUUUCUCUGCUCCACAGCGACCUGAACUGACCAGAGUCCGGCCUUUUGCCUCAGUAGGAUCCUUCAGGGCCUUCUGAGAUGAACUGCCUUCACUUCACUUCCUUGGUCUUUGGCUCAUUAUAGCAGAGAGCAGAGAGGCUAGUAAAAUCAGCUGAGGACUCUCAGAGGAGAGCAAGCAAGAAUCUCAGCUAGGUGGAAAGGAAGGGAAAGGAGGAGUUUAAAAAAAAAGCCCAGGUCCAGUGAGUGCCUCCUUAUACUUUAUGAAUAAACUUCAAGCAGCUUCUCUCUCCCUCUAA